AUGGCUACCUUUCAGCUGGAGCACUCCCGCCCCUCGUCCCGCCCCCACCACGAGCACACCCGCCCUCGUCCCACCCCCACCACGAGCACUCCCCCCUCGUCCCUCCCCCACCACGAGCACACCUCCCCUCGUCCCUCCCCACCACGAGAGCACCCCCCCUCUGUUGUACCUGCAAGUGUUGCACCUGCAAGUGCUGCACCUGCAAGUGUUGCACCUGCAAGUGUUGCACCUGCAAGUGUUGUACCUGCAAGUGUUGUACCUGCAAGUGUUGUACCUGCAAGUGUUGUACCUGCAAGUGUUCCACCUGCAAGUGUUGUACCUGCAAGUGUUGCACCUGCAAGUGUUGCACCUGCAAGUGUUGUACCUGCAAGUGUUGUACCUGCAAGUGUUGUACCUGCAAGUGUUCCACCUGCAAGUGUUGCACCAGCAAGUGUUGUACCAGCAAGUGUUGCACCUGCAAGUGUUGCACCUGCAAGUGUUGUACCUGCAAGUUUUGUACCUGCAAGUGUUGCACCUGCAAGUGUUGUACCUGCAAGUUUUGUACCUGCAAGUGUUGCACCUGCAAGUGUUGUACCUGCAAGUGUUGUACCUGCAAGUGUUGCACCAGCAAGUGUUGCACCUGCAAGUGUUGUACCUGCAAGUGUUGCACCUGCAAGUGUUGUACCUGCAAGUUUUGCACCUGCAAGUGUUGCACCUGCUAGUGUUGCACCUGCAAGUGUUGCACCUGCAAGUGUUGUACCUGCAAGUGUUGUACCUGCAAGUGUUGUACCAGCAAGUGUUGUACCAGCAAGUGUUGCACCUGCAAGUGUUGUACCUGCAAGUGUUGUACCUGCAAGUGUUGCACCUGCAAGUGUUGUACCUGCAAGUGUUGUACCUGCAAGUGUUCCACCUGCAAGUGUUGCACCUGCAACAAGUGUUACACCUGCAAGUGUUGUACCUGCAACUGUUGCACCUGCAAGUGUUGCACCUGCAAGUGUUGUACCAGCAAGUGUUGUACCAGCAAGUGUUGUACCAGCAAGUGUUGUACCAGCAAGUGUUGUACCAGCAAGUGUUGCACCAGCAAGUGUUGCACCUGCAAGUGUUGUACCUGCAAGUGUUCCACCUGCAAGUGUUGCACCUGCAAGUGUUGUACCAGCAAGUGUUCCACCUGCAAGUGUUGCACCUGCAAGUGUUGCACCUGCAAGUGUUGCACCUGCAAGUGCUGUACCUGCAAGUUUUGCACCUGCAAGUGUUGUACCAGCAAGUGUUGUACCUGCAAGUGUUGUACCAGCAAGUGUUGCACCUGCAAGUGUUGCAACUGCAAGUGUUGUACCUGCAAGUGUUGUACCUGCAAGUGUUGCACCUGCAAGUGUUGUACCAGCAAGUCUUGCAACUGCAAGUGUUGUACCUGCAAGUGUUGUACCUGCAAGUUUUGUACCAGCAAGUGUUGUACCUGCAAGUGUUGUACCUGCAAGUGUUGCACCUGCAAGUGUUGUACCAGCAAGUGUUGCACCUGCAAGUGUUGCACCUGCAAGUGUUGCACCUGCAAGUGUUGUACCUGCAAGUGUUGUACCUGCAAGUGUUGCACCUGCAAGUGGUGCACCUGCAAGUGUUGUACCAGCAAGUGAUGCACCUGCAAGUGUUGUACCUGCAAGUGUUGUACCUGCAAGUGUUGUACCAGCAAGUGUUGUACCAGCAAGUGAUGCACCUGCAAGUGUUGUACCUGCAAGUGUUGUACCUGCAAGUGUUGCACCUGCAAGUGUUGUACCUGCAAGUGUUGUACCUGCAAGUGUUGCACCUGCAAGUGUUGUACCAGCAAGUGUUGCACCUGCAAGUGUUGUACCAGCAAGUGUUGCACCUGCAAGUGUUGCACCUGCAAGUGUUGUACCUGCAAGUGUUGUACCUGCAAGUGUUGUACCUGCAAGUGUUGUACCUGCAAGUGUUGUACCUGCUAGUGUUCUACCUGCAAGUGUUGUACCUGCAAGUGUUGUACCAGCAAGUGUUGCACCUGCAAGUGUUGUACCAGCAAGUAUUAUACCUGCAAGUGUUGUACCUGCAAUUGUUGCACCUGCAAGUGUUGUACCUGAAAGUGUUGUACCAGCAAGUGUUGUACCUGCAAGUGUUAUACUAGCAAGUGUUGUACCUGCAAGUGUUGUACCAGCAAGUGUUGCACCUGCAAGUGUUAUACUAGCAAGUGUUGUACCUGCAAGUGUUGCACCUGCAAGUGUUGCACCUGCAAGUGUUGCACCUGCAAGUGUUGUACCUGCAAGUGUUGUACCUGCAAGUGUUGCACCUGCAAGUGUUGUACCUGCAAGUGUUGUACCAGCAAGUGUUGCACCUGCAAGUGUUAUACCUGCAAGUGUUGCACCUGCAAGUAUUGUAUCAGCAAGUGUUGCACCUGCAAGUGUUGUACCUGCAAGUGCUGCACCUGCAAGUGUUGUACCUGCAAGUGCUGCACCUGCAAGUGUUGCACCUGCAAGUGCUGCACCUGCAAGUGUUGUACCUGCAAGUGUUGCACCUGCAAGUGUUGUACCUGCAAGUGUUGUACCUGCAAGUGUUGUACCUGCAAGUGCUGCACCUGCAAGUGUUGUACCUGCAAGUGUUGUACCUGCAAGUGCUGCACCUGCAAGUGUUGUACCUGCAAGUGCUGCACCUGCAAGUGUUGUACCUGCAAGUGUUGUACCUGCAAGUGCUGCACCUGCAAGUGUUGUACCUGCAAGUGCUGCACCUGCAAGUGUUGUACCUGCAAGUGCUGCACCUGCAAGUGUUGCACCUGCAAGUGCUGCACCUGCAAGUGUUGUACCUGCAAGUGCUGCACCUGCAAGUGUUGCACCUGCAAGUGUUGUACCUGCAAGUGUUGUACCUGCAAGUGCUGCACCUGCAAGUGUUGUACCUGCAAGUGUUGUACCUGCAAGUGCUGCACCUGCAAGUGUUGCACCUGCAAGUGCUGCACCUGCAAGUGUUGCACCUGCAAGUGCUGCACCUGCAAGUGUUGCACCUGCAAGUGCUGCACCUGCAAGUGUUGUACCUGCAAGUGUUGCACCUGCAAGUGUUGCACCUGCAAGUGUUGUACCUGCAAGUGCUGCACCUGCAAGUGUUGCACCUGCAAGUGUUGUACCUGCAAGUGCUGCACCUGCAAGUGUUGCACCUGCAAGUGUUGUACCUGCAAGUGUUGUACCUGCAAGUGUUGCACCUGCAAGUGCUGCACCUGCAAGUGUUGUUCCUGCAAGUGCUGCACCUGCAAGUGUUGCACCUGCAAGUGUUGUACCUGCAAGUGUUGUACCUGCAAGUGCUGCACCUGCAAGUGUUGCACCUGCAAGUGUUGCACCUGCAAGUGCUGCACCUGCAAGUGUUGUACCUGCAAGUGCUGCACCUGCAAGUGUUGUACCUGCAAGUGCUGCACCUGCAAGUGUUGUACCUGCAAGUGCUGCACCUGCAAGUGUUGUACCUGCAAGUGCUGCACCUGCAAGUGUUGUACCUGCAAGUGCUGCACCUGCAAGUGUUGUACCUGCAAGUGCUGCACCUGCAAGUGUUGUACCUGCAAGUGCUGCAACACGUCUCGCUCCAAGACACUUUCUGGCAAGUCACCACCAAAGGUCCUCAGUCGCCACCAAAGGUCCUCAGUCGCCACCAAAGGUCCUCAGUCGCCACCAAAGGUCCUCAGUCGCCACCAAAGGUCCUCAGUCACCACCAAAGGUCCACAGUCACCACAAAAGGUCCUCAGUCACCACCAAAGGUCCUCAGUCACCACCAAAAGUUCUCAGUCACCACCAAAGGUCCUCAGUCGCCAUCAAAGGUCCUCAGUCGCCACCAAAGGUCCUCAGUCACCACCAAAGGUCCUCAGUCACCACCAAAGGUCCUCAGUCACCACCAAAAGUUCUCAGUCGCCACCAAAGGUCCUCAGUCGCCAUCAAAGGUCCUCAGUCGCCACCAAAGGUCCUCAGUCGCCACCAAAGGUCCUCAGUCGCCACCAAAGGUCCUCAGUCGCCACCAAAGGUCCUCAGUCACCACCAAAGGUCCACAGUCACCACAAAAGGUCCUCAGUCACCACCAAAGGUCCUCAGUCACCACCAAAAGUUCUCAGUCACCACCAAAGGUCCUCAGUCACCACCAAAGGUCCUCAGUCGCCACCAAAGGUCCUCAGUCGCCACCAAAGGUCCUCAGUCGCCACCAAAGGUCCUCAGUCGCCACCAAAGGUCCUCAGUCGCCACCAAAGGUCCUCAGUCGCCACCAAAGGUCCUCAGUCGCCAUCAAAGGUCCUCAGUCGCCACCAAAGGUCCUCAGUCGCCACCAAAGGUCCUCAGUCGCCACCAAAGGUCCUCGGUCGCCACCAAAGGUCCUCGGUCACCACCAAAGGUCCUCGGUCACCACCAAGGUCCUCGGUCACCACCAAAGGUCCUCAGUCGCCACCAAAGGUCCUCGGUCACCACCAAAGGUCCUCAGUCGCCACCAAAGGUCCUCAGUCACCACCAAAGGUCCUCAGUCACCACCAAAGGUCCUCAGUCACCACCAAAGGUCCUCAGUCACCACCAAAGGUCCUCAGUCACCACCAAAGGUCCUCGGUCACCACCAAAGGUCCUCGGUCACCACCAAAGGUCCUCGGUCACCACCAAAGGUCCUCGGUCACCACCAAAGGUCCUCGGUCACCACCAAAGGUCCUCGGUCACCACCAAAGGUCCUCAGUCACCACCAAAGGUCCUCAGUCACCACCAAAGGUCCUCAGUCACCACCAAAGGUCCUCAGUCACCACCAAAGGUCCUCAGUCACCACCAAAGGUCCUCAGUCACCACCAAAGGUCCUCAGUCACCACCAAAGGUCCUCAGUCACCACCAUAGGUCCUCAGUCACCACCAUAGGUCCUCAGUCACCACCCUCAGUCACCACCAAAGGUGCUCAGUCACCACCAAAGGUCCUCAGUCACCACCAAAGGUCCUCAGUCACCACCAAAGGUCCUCAGUCACCACCAAAGGUCCUCAGUCACCACCAAAGGUCCUCAGUCGCCACCAAAGGUCCUCAGUCACCACCAAAGGUCCUCCAAAAGGUCCUCAGUCACCACCAAGGUCCUCAGUCACCACCAAAGGUCCAGUCACCACCAGGUGCUCAGUCACCACCAAAGGUCCUCAGUCACCACCAAAGGUCCUCAGUCACCACCAAAGGUCCUCGGUCACCACCAAAGGUCCUCGGUCACCACCAAAGGUCCUCGGUCACCACCAAAGGUCCUCAGUCACCACCAAAGGUCCUCAGUCACCACCAAAGGUCCUCAGUCACCACCAAAGGUCCUCAGUCACCACCAAAGACUCAUCCCCUCACCCCUCCCUCAUCACCCUCACCCCUCACUCAUCACCCCUCACUCAUCCCCUCACCCCCCUCAUCCCCUCACCCC